ACCGAACUCGCAUGUCCAGCUGUAUAAGGGCUCGUGUGAACUGCUGCUUAAACCCGAUGAAACCUCUUGGCCUGCAACAACUCAUCCAAAGAUGAAUAGCCGUGAUAGCCUGUUAUGCUUCCUUGUGUGAGAUACUAUAACUGGUAUAAGCUCAGUCAACUGAUUAUGAUAUCAACGCUGAUAUGGAUCACUCAGCCUGUUUUCGGCAACCGAGAUUAACAAUGUGAUUGUCCUGGAUUAGCUACAGGUGUCCAUGACUCGGUGUUUGAACACCGAAGGAUGAGCUGAUAGAGUGGACUUUGUCACGAUGUUAUCCACGGACCAGUACGAAGGAGUUGCAAGGAAUGUAGUGGACAGACAGUACGAAGAGUUCCCGUUCUCCAUCCGUCCCGUCCCGUCUCGUUUCAUCAACCCAUCCAUGAAUUCACUAGCUUUCAGGCCUCAACUCUUAGUUAGCCUUGAUCGUCGGUCAACUCAACCAGUUUUGAAGCCACCAGCAAAGGCAAAAGCAAUUCUCAACUGCCAGAUUUGUAUAUGCGCCAUUUUAUUCCGACAAUCUGUGGCAACCGUGGCGUGCAACCUCUUCACGAUUGCUUCCGCAGAGAGUGAAAGGAUUCGAUCCAAUCCAGAGUUGUUCUGAGGGUGUAAAAGAGCCAACUUGGCUGGCUAACUAAGUCGACCGGGGGGGUUGAUUUGAUGGGUUGCGGAGCCGUCAACUUAUACGCUAAAAUCCACUGGACACGCAGCCCAGGCAACUUGCCGUACCUUCAGGGCUGCUGCAAUUACCCGCCGGGACGGUAACUACAGGGCAACUCCACUGAUGGAGGGGACCAUCUCAGGAACUGGAAGCUGGAAAACUUCCAUCUUUGCUAGGGCACCUUGUAACCCAAACCUUGCAUCCACGAGCACAGCGUUUACCUUAGCUUGCAGUGGCUGCAGGGGAGAAGGCGACUUUUUUUCUGGUUCACUGAAUCACACUCACACGGACGGAGAGACCUCAUCUUAAAUACUGUAGUAACCUAACCUCUAAGGAGAGGCAAGGCAGGUAAUCAGUCACGUUUUGAUGCUCAGGUCUUUUUUACAUCCAUGACCAUUUAACUCCCUGAGCCGAAAUUCUCCGGCUUGUUUUUCUCAACACUUUGUCUUUACAAUUCCUACAUUUUCUAACCUUCAACUGCUUACUUGAGAGCCCAUCAGCCCAAGUUUAAAAUCUUCAAAAUUGCUACGCCAGCGUUGACCGGUAUUUCACUGAUCAAUUCAAAUAUCCAUUGCGGUUGGAUACAUGGUCUCCAAUCCUGCAGAUGCUUAUAUGACAAGGAAGCAUUGUACACUGAGACACAACUUACUCUCUUGGAACCACUUAAACUCAAGACUCUCGACAUAAGCUCUUCCAAUCAACAAGAUAUUCUCAACAUGACAGCUUCAGGAACAGUGGCCCUCUUCUCGCCAGGGCAGCAUGGGCACCUGAUACCCUAUCUUGCAGCCAUUCAUGCCUCCUGUAUCACUCACGACCGAACUAUCGCAGAAUUCCUCCCGCCCCUAUCUCACGAGAAACUUCUUGCUUGGUGGAAAGAGCGAAUUGCAGAGGUGGCAGACGGAAAACGGCUCAUAUUCAUUCUCCUGAACGACUGCGAACCCGGAGCUCGGCCGAACGGUUCCGAUGUGGUGGGCGUUGUCAUGCUAAAUAUGCCCUCUUCAGAAACUGGCCCAUUCCGCGGUGUCGUUGAAAAGCUUCUCGUCCAUAAAGCUUUUCGCGGUCGAGGUGGUGCCAGAACUUUGAUUUCUGCCCUCGAAGCUGAAGCGACCAAGCGUGGUCGAACUAUUCUGCUUCUCGACACAGAGACCGGAAGCCCAGCAGAAGAGGUGUAUAAAAAGUUUGGUUAUGUCGAGCUUGGCCAGAUCCCAAAAUAUGGUCUAAGUCCAAAUGGAGAACUCAAGGGCGGUACCUUCUUUUGGAAACAUCUAACGUUGCAGUCCUGAGGAGCUAGCUAUCAUGGAGGGGUCAAGUGUAUCGAGCUCCUGUCAUUGACAAGGAUCGACUAUUCAAAAGUGCUGUAGAAAAUUCCCUUCAUUGGAGGAAAACGAGGCGACUCGAUAUUGCUGUUCUUAUCAUGGACUAUGGCUGGCGGGGUGCUUCGGUUUGUUUUCUAGAUAUCCAUCCAAGAUAUGAACAUUUCACGACAAAAUUGGCAUUGUACAUGCCUGUAUAAUUGGAAAAAUCUCAUACAAAAAAGAAACCGCUUUGAUUGCUUUCCAC